UUCUGUCAAAUGAAAAAUACGAGCGAAAACUUUUGUUGAUUGAAGUUCAUUUACCAUUAAAUGAGUAUUUUGAAGCGAUUUAAACAUAGUUCUAUCGUUAUUAGUGUUAAAACCAGCAGUAGGCGUGUGUGUUUAUAGACAAUUUUACAUAGAAAUGUGAAAUGUAAGGCGACAAGUAAACGAAUCGCGUCAUGCCAUCCAAAACUAGGGGGUCUAAGGCCGUAAAAGCUUCGAAAGAGAAUAUCGGUAUCUUGAAAACAACUAAAUCGAAAGCAGUAAGUAAAGUAUUAAAGGUUACCAGGAAACCUCUGGCUGAUAAAACGAAUUCCGCGUCUGAUGAUAAUGCUUCGCUACUCUCUGAUAAACUUAAAGAAACUGUUGCUAGUGCGCCUAUUAAACAAAUAAAUACCCUUUGUGAGGACAAUGUGGAUAGACCACGGCGCGCUCGGCGUCUUCCGACCCGGUAUAAGGAAAAUAAUACCUUAAAAAAUUUGUCAAAUAGUUUUAAUGCAUCAUCAACUAACCCAGAAUCGCCAUCAGUGACAACUAAUGCCGAAAAGAAUAUUACUGUAAGUGAAGUUAAUAAAGCUGCAGCCACCCAUAAUCCUGCUUCAAAACUAACAGUUUUGGCUACAAAGAUAACUUCACCAGUGAAAAAGACACGAAAAGUAACCCUAACUAAAAGUCCUGCAAAAUCUCUUGUAUGUAGUUUAGUAAAGACAAGGCCAAAGAGGAUUUGUCGACUGCCAACCAAGUUUGAUGAUCACUCAAUUAGUCCUAACAAGUAUGUGCCAUUACAGCCGAUUAAUGCCAGUACACCUUUAGCAACAAAGACCAGGAAAGCGAAUAAAGAAAAUGGAGGAAGCUCCAUAAAUAUUUCACCUGUAUUGACUAAAAAAGUGAGUGAACAAAAAGCUGUGAUUAAUAGUCAAAGGCAAAAGGUUGUAGCUGAUACUAAUAAUAAUGCUAAAAAGAAUAAAGAAAUAGUAUCUUUAUCUGCUUCACCAGGCACACCAGGUAGAAUAUUUAGAACAAAACACACUGAUACAGUUACAAAUAAAAACUCAUCCAUAAGGUUAUUAGACAAUAACAAAAACCAGCGAAAGAGGGACUCAAGUAAACUUGACGUGUAUGAAUUCACAUUUGAUCCAGAUGAGGAUCCAAGACCAGCAAAGAAAAAGAAGAAGAAACAAGCUCCAAGAAAACCUAAACCCAAAACAGUUACUUUAAAGAGUAAUUAUGAUAAGAAUCUAGCAAAGGCACUGGCUGCUUUAAAGACUGCUGUGUCUUCUAAAUCGAAUACAGAUACAACUAAGCAAAAUCAAGAAACAACUAAAGAAAAUGUUAAAAACCUUGUUAAUCACCAAACAAACACACCUUCCGUUGAAAAUAAUUUAGCCAUAGAACAGAGUGUUGUGAAAGAGAAAAAUUAUAAUUCUGUAAGAUUAGAAGACAUUGCUCGUGAUUUUCAAAUGAAUGAAGAUGACCAUGCUAUUGCCUUUGAUUAUUCACCUGUAAAUUCUCCCAGCCGGCCAAAAUCUCCUGUUGAUAAAGUUAAACGUAGCAUGCAUAAAGUUCAAACUCCAAAUAAUGCAGACCCUCUUAACUUACGUGAUGAUAUCAGUUUCUUUGAUGAUGUACCAGUAGCUAGUAGCAGUAUGAACGUGUCAAUUAGACAUCCUCAAGCUAGUCCUUGGAGGGUAGAAUUUGGCAAUUUACCUAUUAAGUGGCAGGUCAACACCUAUGUCAAAUCAAAUAUGACCCCAGCAUAUGAAAGCUCAUUUAUUAAUUUUAAUGACAGUAAGAAAAGGCAUGUUUACACAAAUAUGGUGGCUAAUGAUUCAUUACCCAGUGUUGAUAACACCUCUGGUUUGAAACAGACUAGUAUUAUAUCUUUCAUCAAGGAAGUUGUUGAGAGAAAUGCUAACAAAAAGAAAAAAAAGUCAACACCCAUUAAAAGUAACUCUCUUUUUGAAGAUUUAACAAGCACAUCUGUAGUUGAUCAUAUGACUCCUAAUAAGAAAACUCCAUUGAAGAGUAAUAAAAAUGUUCAAAUAACACCUGAAUUAGGAAAACAACAUAGUAAUAAUAUAAGUGAUGCAUCAAUUCAAAAAGAACAUUUAGAUAGUGAAAAUAGUACCGAAAAUGUUAAAGAACCAGAAAGCUUACACCAAAAUGUUGAUAAAAACAAUACAUAUUUUGGUUUUGAUGAUAUUGAAGAUCAGGAAAAUGUUUCCCCAAUAAAGAAAAAUAGCAGAGCCAGAGCAUUAAGAUCCCGUACAAGAGGCAUACUUCAGGAAAUAAAUGAACAUAAAGGUCCAACAAGAGCAAUUUUACCAGUUGCAGUAAAAUCUAAACCUGCACAAAACAUUUUAAAUACAAAUGAAAUGAAAUCAGCAACCGAACCACCUUUGUUACCUGAAGUUGCUGUUGAUGGAAACAACGACAUAACUAUGCAAGAAUCAUGUCUGCCUGAAAAUUUGGAUGAUGAUGACCAAUCGGUACAUCUAUUUGAAGAUAUUGAUUUAGCCUUGAUAUACCACCCCAAGCAAAAUCGAAAAAGUUAUGGGAAAUCUAAGAAGGUUACAUUCAACCAGAAACCAGUGGCAAAUAAUGAUGACAGCUCGACAAGUGACGGUGAAGGCAAAGCGUUUGCAUCAAGUGAUGAAGAAAACUUGGAUGACCUGUCAUUCAAGCUGCCCACAGAAAGACCUAAAAGGACGAUUAAGAAGAGAAAGCCCAAAAAACUGUUGUCUAAAAAGGAGGAAAAGGAAGUGGAAGCAUGGGCGGCUGGUUUUAACUCAAUGUGUGAAGAUAUCGACGAAUUUGAUUUGGUUUUUGAAUGAAACUCUUCAUUCAAAAACAAAGCUUUAUUAUAUGGGAAUAACGUUUAUGUUAUUGAUUAAGGAGACGAGCUGUUUUUUAAAGAAUAAGCAUGGUGACUACUUUCAAAAAACUGCUUUAUAACGAUCGGAAGUAUUUACUAUUUUGCCUUAUUAUAUUUAUAAUGAUGUUUAUAAUACUCCCUUCAAUGGGUAGUUGAAAUAAA